AUAUUAAAUAUACAUAUGAAAAAGAUAUUCAUUUUUAGAUCAAUCAUAGAAAAAAUAUGUGAUAUUUUGUCUCUUGUAAUAGAGAUAUUAUUGCUUAUUUUGAAAAUUUUAUAUUACAUCUGCGAGAAUAUAUACAGAGUAAUCAUUCCAAGAAAGAAGAAAAGCGUAACUGGUGAAAUCGUUUUGAUAACAGGUGCAGGUCAUGGUUUCGGAAAAGAAUUAGCGAUUGGUUAUGCUUUGUUAGGAGCAACAGUGGUAUGUUGGGAUAUCAAUAAAGAAACCAACAAUAAGACGAUGAGUGAUAUUAAGAAGAUGGGAAUAGACUCUGUUUAUGCGUAUCGAUGCGAUAUAGCAGACAGAGAAGAAGUUUUUAGAAUAGCUGAGAAAGUAAAAAAAGAAGUGGGCGACGUUACUAUAUUGGUCAAUAAUGCCGGUAUAGGGUUUAGUAAAUCAUUUCUAAAUCAUAAUCCCGAUGAAAUUACCCGACUCACAAACAUCAAUUUGUUAGCACAUUAUUGGACGUUGAAAGCAUUUUUACCAAGGAUGAUUGAAAAGAAUUACGGUCACAUUGUGGCACUCUCAUCAAUAGGACUCAUUGGUGCUCCUUAUGGAACGAUUUACUGUCCUUCAAAAUUUGCAGUCAAAGGAUUAAUGGAAGCUAUUUCUGAGGAAUUACGUACACUGAGUAACGGAAAAUCCUCUAUUAAGUUCACUACAAUUUAUCCUGCUCUAGUGCUUACUGGAAUUGUUAAAAAACGAAAACUUAGGUUUCCAUGGUUUGGAAGUUAUAAACCACGGAAAGCAGCUUCAUUAAUAAUUGAUGCGCAAAGACGAAAUUACGAAAAUAAAAGUCUACCUUGGUUUUGGUUACCAAUAAUGAAGAUAGGAAGGUACAUAAAAAUAAAAAUUUAAUCAUAACGUAGACACACAAUAUAUUUUUAGAUGUGCGAUAAUAAGCCGCAGAACAAUUCACUAAA